UUAAAAUUUCUUUAUUUAAUUAUGUAAUUUAUCCAAAAAAAAGUGGCAAUUAUCAAUUUAAUGAGAUAAAAAUAAUUGAAAACUUACACUGAACUUUUCAAGUGUAAACCGAUUGCAGAAAUUGAAUUGGAGAAAUCAUGAGAGUGAUAUCUCAAGGUUCUAGAUUCCUCUUUAACAAAAUCAAGUCCACUCCUUCUUCCACCUUCUCCCUCGCGAUUCUCUCCGGUUCUCUUUCUCAGGUUCGUGCAAUGGCCUCCGACGCAGCUGCCUCAUCACCAUUCAAGAAAGUCCAGAUUCAGAGGGACAACGGGACAUUUGAUGCCUACGUGAUUGGGAAAGACAAUGCUCCUGGGAUUGUUGUGCUUCAAGAAUGGUGGGGUGUUGAUUUUGAGGUCAAGAAUCACGCCCAGAAGAUCUCCCAGUUGGGUUCGGGCUACAAGGCGUUGAUCCCGGAUUUGUACAGAGGGAAGGUUGGUUUGGAAGUCGCGGAAGCUCAACAUUUGAUGGAUGGCCUCGAUUGGCAAGGUGCCGUGAAGGAUAUUGAGGCCUCAGUCAACUGGCUCAAGGCAAAUGGUUCUAAGAAGGUUGGUGUAACUGGAUACUGCAUGGGUGGUGCUCUUGCUAUUGCAAGUUCUGUUUUGGUACCUGGUGUUGAUGCUGUGGUAGCUUUCUACGGAGUGCCUUCACCAGAGCUUGCGGAUCCUGCCAAGGCUAAGGCUCCGGUGCAGGCCCACUUUGGCGAACUUGAUGGUUUUGUCGGGUUUUCGGACCCAAAGACUGGUAAAGAUCUAGAAGAGAAGCUGAAGGCAUCAGGAGUUCCCCAUGAGGUUUACUUCUAUCCCGGCAUCGGCCAUGCCUUCAUGAACUGCUCACCCGAAGGGGCACAGAGAAGGAAGAAAAUGGGGAUGCAUGACGAGGAUGCUGCAGCAGUUGAGCAGGCUUGGUCCCGUUUCAGCUCGUGGAUGGGCCGUUUCUUGUCGAACUGAUCAUCACAACGGUAUUCUCUAAAUCCGAUCCCUAAUGUUCUGGAACACGGCUAGUAAACUGAUGAGUGUUACAUUGUGCUUGUUGAGGCCUAGAGUGUGUGUAAUAUUCUCAAUUUUACUGUGCUAUGCUUCAUAAAUAAAAGCUUGUUUUAUUUGAAA